UUUUAUGGCCUCGUGAUACCUUCCACAAAAUCUGUCCUCCUCUCUCGCUCUAAAAGCCUAUCUCCCUGUUCUCUCCCUCCAUCCCUUGUUUCGCUCUUCCUCAUGGAAUCUCACCGGAAAACCACUUUUGGUUUUGGGGAAAAUCGGCAUCAGAUGAAGCCACCCAUCAAGCCCAGCAUAUAAAAACAAAGCAAUACACAUAUAGAACUUUUGAUUUUUUGGUCGUAUUCUGUAAGCAUUUUGUAGAAUGGCAGUGGCUUUCGAAUCUGUUGCUGUUUCCUUCACUUUGCUUCUACUACUGUUGAGUCAUGGACGAGUUCACUCGGAGCCUGUACAAGAUAAGCAAACCCUCCUUGCUUUUAUCUCUCGAGUUCCUCAUGCUAAUCGAGUCCAAUGGAAUGAGUCCGACUCUGCCUGCAACUGGGUAGGGGUUGUCUGCGACGCCAACGAAAACUCAGUGUUCGAGCUACGCCUUCCCGGCGUGGGCCUUGUGGGCCAGAUUCCACCUAAUACCUUGGGUAAGUUGACUCAGCUCCGAGUUUUGAGUCUGCGCUCCAACCGUCUCUUCGGUGAGAUCCCCUCUGAUUUAUCCAAUUUAACGCUCCUUCGCAGCCUCUAUCUACAAAACAAUGAGUUUUCAGGUGAUUUUCCACCGAGUUUGCCUCGGCUAACUCGGUUAACCCGUCUCGAUCUCUCUUCCAACAACUUCACUGGCUCAAUCCCGUUUGCAGUCAACAACUUGACCCAUUUGACACGGCUUUAUUUGCAGAACAAUCAGUUCUCAGGCACUUUACCCAGCAUUAACCCUUCAAAUUUGAUGGAUUUCAACGUGUCCAACAACAAUCUCAAUGGUUCAAUCCCUUCAGUUUUAUCCAGAUUCCCGGCAUCCUCGUUCGCUGGAAAUUUAAAUCUAUGCGGUGGCCCAUUGCCGCCUUGCAAUCCAUUUUUCCCUUCUCCAGCUCCAUCCCCAUCAGAAGCCCCACCGGAGACUCCAGGUCACAAAAAGUCCAAGAAACUCUCCACCGCCGCCAUUGUUUUAAUUGCAGUUGGCUCCGCUUUAGCAGCUUUCUUACUCUUGCUGUUUCUGCUGCUAUGCCUGAGGCGAAAACAGCGGAGGCAGCCAGCGAAGACACCAAAACCGACAGCCGCAGCGCGCGCAGUGCCAGUGGAGGCGGGAACGUCGUCGUCAAAGGAUGAUAUUACAGGUGGGUCAACUGAGGCAGAGAGGAACAAGCUUGUGUUCUUUGAGGGAGGCAUCUACAGCUUCGAUUUAGAGGAUUUAUUGAGGGCAUCAGCGGAGGUGCUGGGAAAGGGAAGUGUGGGAACAUCUUACAAAGCGGUGCUGGAAGAAGGGACGACGGUGGUGGUGAAGAGGCUGAAAGAUGUGGUGGUAACAAAAAGGGAGUUCGAGAUGCAAAUGGAGGUUCUGGGUAAGAUCAAACACGACAAUGUGGUGCCGUUGAGGGCGUUUUACUAUUCCAAGGACGAGAAGUUGCUGGUUUACGAUUUCAUGCCGGCUGGUAGCUUAUCUGCUCUACUCCACGGUAGUAGAGGGUCAGGCCGGACGCCGCUGGAUUGGGACAACAGGAUGAGAAUCGCAAUUAGUGCAGCGAGAGGCUUAGCUCAUCUCCAUGUGGUUGGAAAAGUGGUCCACGGCAACAUUAAAUCCUCCAAUAUCCUCCUCCGACCUGAUCAGGACGCUUCCUUCUCCGACUUCGGACUCAACCCGCUUUUUGGCACCUCUACGCCUCCCAGCCGUGUCGCAGGCUAUCGUGCUCCUGAAGUCGUUGAAACCCGUAAAGUUACAUUUAAAUCCGACGUCUACAGUUUCGGGGUAUUGCUCCUUGAACUGUUAACCGGGAAGGCACCUAAUCAAGCCUCCUUGGGAGAAGAAGGCAUUGACUUGCCCAGAUGGGUUCAGUCGGUGGUUCGAGAGGAAUGGACGGCUGAGGUUUUUGAUGUGGAGUUGAUGAGAUACCAUAACAUCGAGGAGGAAAUGGUGCAGCUCUUGCAAAUAGCAAUGGCCUGUGUUUCUACGGUGCCUGAUCAGAGACCAGCAAUGCAGGAGGUGGUGAGGAUGAUUGAGGAUAUCAAUAGAGGAGAGACCGAUGAUGGGUUACGGCAAUCUUCUGAUGAUCCAUCCAAGGGAUCGGACGGUCACACUCCUCCUCAGGAACCGAGGACCCCACCUGGAGUUGUCACACCGUAGAAAACCCUUUACAAAAAAAGGGUAAAAGUUUAAAAAAAAAAAAGAAGAAAAAGGUAAAAAGAAGACAAGUGGUGGGUCCGAGGGUCUCUCACUGAAACAUGCACAGAGUGCGCAAGUAACAGUGAUAAAAGUGCGCAACUGAUCGAGGGAAGUGGCUCAAAUAUGUGUUUUUAAGGGUUUUUUUUUUUUAUAAAUUAUUUGGGUUUAUUUUUAUUUUAUUUUAUUUUUAAUUUUAAUCUGCAACAUUUUUACAGGUGGGAGGAUUCUGAAUUGUUUUUAGGUGUUGGGGGAGUUCCAUGAACUGAUUGUAAUUUGACAAAAUUGAAGAAUUUAAUUGCUUUUUAUUUCAUUAUUUUUUCAUAAGCA